CAAAGUUCCUUGAUUACCGCGCGGCGUUACUUCCGAUGCUUCUGGUGACUGACCAUCGCACUUGGAUUUGACUACUAUUUUGUGUAUUUCUCCACUUUCUUCUGUUGGAUUCAUUAAAAGGCUGAUCAAAGGCUGUUCAUGCUGCUAUGUCUGCAUUUUCCACUGAGGUGUUUGUUAAGAAGUUGAGUGACCUGAACAACACAUCUCCCAGCAUCCAAACCCUCUCACUCUGGCUCAUCCACCAUCGGAAACAUGCGACCAUGGUGGUCAAGGUGUGGAAGAAGGAGGUCAUUAGAGUGGCUGUGAAGAAGAAGCUCACACUUAUGUACCUGGCGAAUGACGUGAUCCAGAACAGCAAGAAGAAAGGCGCCGAGUUUAACCAGGCCUUCGCGCCAGAAUUGCCGGGCGUAUACCGGCACCUUGGCGCUACCCCUCUGGACGAGAAGACGGAGCGUGGUGUGCUGCGGUUGCUGGAGGUCUGGCAGGAGCGUGCUGUCUUCACGGCUCUGCAGAUCUCCGGAUUCCGCUUGGCGUUUGAGAGCGGUGGCAAGCCCAGUCCUGCGAUGAGCCCGGACGGCCUGUUCAAGGAACCGCCGCCCAAGCGGAAGCGGCCGGUCAAGGACACAGUACCCGAGCAGCGCCGCCCCGCCGACGAGCGCGCCAAGCCUGAGCAGCGCAGAAAACACGAGGAGCGCAGAAAGCCGUCCGAGGAGCGCAGGAAGUCUUCUGAGGAGCGCAGAAAGCCCGAGGUCAAGGAGGUGGAGGUGGAGGGACACAAGGAAGUGCAUGUGAUGCUGUCGUCACACUCGCCGGCGCGCGACCCACCCGAGCCAGCCGAGCUCAUCAAGGCCCUGCAGGACCUGGAGAACUCUGCGUCAGCGGACGCAGCCACACGGGAGAAAAUAUCCGGCCUGCCACCGGAGGUGUCCGACACGGCCAUGCUUGCCCGGCUACAAGACCGCGGCUCCGGUCACCGGCUGCUGACCCAGGUGUCGGAGGCGCUCGACCUCCUCACCGACUACAACAGCCGGCUGGCCAGCGAGAUGGACGAGCGCAAGCGCGUCUCGCGACUCUUGCAGGACUUCACGCAGAGCCAGAAGGACCUGCUCGCCCAGGCCGAGCACACGCUGGAGGAGUACCGGCACAAACUAGAGAAGGUUUAUCUGGUGCGGGAGGAGCUCAAGUCGCACAUCCAGAACCUGCCCGACAUCAGUAAACUGCCCAACGUCACAGGCGCCUUCGCGCCUCUGCCAUCUGCCGGCGAUUUAUUCAGUUAGUAGUGAGCGCCACGGCUGCCGCAGCGCUGGCGUCGCCCCAGGGGUGCUAACAGGGCAGGUGGCACCGCCACUGGUGUCAGUGCUAUGUUGGCUGCUGCUUGUUUGACUAUUGUAAGAUCUCGUGCUGUACGAACUCCGGAGAUGGUCAGGCGUCCACCGAACAGCGAGGUGAACGCGCAUCCCGUCUCGUCCCGAACGGUGAGGACGCCAGCGAGUUUACACGUCGGCUUGGCGGCCUCGGGACGCCGCCGCGUGGAGCAUAUCGUGCCCACUGUACCGACGCUCUUCGUCCCGUCGUGCGUUGGGAAACGCUUCGCAGCGCACACCACGAUGACAUCACAAGCGGAUCGACACACAUCUCUGGAUGGUGCGAGUGUUUGUUGGCUGUUGCAGUUCGGAGUAGCGUAAGCGAACGUACUCUAGCCUGUGUAAUUUCAUUGCCCAUUCGCCCCGCCCCUCCCCAUCUCUGAGGUCAGUAUUGUGUCGUUGCGCCAUCUAGAACUGAGACGCCCUGGCGUUGGUGUGAUGGCGUCGGCGUGAUUCCGCUGACCGGGUUGACGCGGAGUGGUGGCCGGCCAUGGCGGCAGACGCUGUCGGUAAUUACCCUGCCAGACACUGUUCUGUCGUCGCGAUCGGCGUGUCGCGGUGGCAGCUGAGUGCAUACAUGUGCCUGUCGGAUGACCUGAGACCAGGUCGCGUGGCAUGCGCUCGCGGGUGACGAAGGGGCUUUAGUCCACGCACCUCGGUGACGAGGAUGGGCCAGGGGCGACCACCGCGAGCGCUCGCGUCUGACGGGCUGUGAGCGAUGGCAAGGAGCGCCGGAGCUACUGACAUGCCGUUAUGCCCAGAGGGGGAGUGAGUAGGCAGAUUCGUAUCGCCAGGCGUGGAGGCCCGCUGCCCCUCGGCGUUCAGCCAGAAUGGUAUCUGACACGGACGUGUCUGUCUUUGGAAGGCAUGGUGUGAGGCCGUUGGAGGACCUGGGAGUUUAUGCAAGCCUGUGUACCGCACGCACUGAAAUGUUACCCGCUUCGUCACUCCUUGUCCUGAUCUUGACGGAUGCUUUCGAGAUAUUCCGGAUCUGUCGUGCCGUGGAACGGUGGAAUUAGACGUUUUGUACUGCUACAGCGUGACUUUGUGUUAACCUAGUCUAGGGCCAUCAGCGUUUGGUACCGGACUGAAUACAGCUGGAAGGAUGGUG